AUGAAUCUACCAAAUAGAGUGAAAGUGUUUGCUUGGAGGGUGUGCAAAAAUGGACUCCUAACACUUCAAAAUUUAAGGAACAGAAAGGUACUCGAGGAGACAAAGUGUCAAUGGUGUAAUGAGGAGGAGGAGGAUAUAAGCCAUGCACUUGUUUAUUGUCCCUUUAUCAAGGAUUACUGGUAUAACCAUUUUAGUUUCUUAAAAGAAACUGAUGUCAGGAUGGACUUUGUUCAAAUUGCAUUAACUGUGCUGAGUAGAGGAAAUAUUAGGGAGAUAGAGAAGUUGUUUCUGAUGGCUUGGGAUAUGUGGUAUAGGAGAAACCAAAAACUUUAUGAAGAUAAUGUUCUUUCACCUGAGCAGGUUGUUGAUCAUGCAUUAUCAUUACAUCAGGAGCAUAAAACAAAUGCAGAAGAACAGAAAAAAGGGAUGAAAGCUUGUUGUUGUUGGUUGCCACCACCUACAGGGGUUCUGAAAUUGAAUAUAGAUGAAGCACUUUUCCAUGAUCAAUACAGAUUAGGUGUGGGGAUGGUUUUAAGAGAUGAACAUGAGAAGGUUAUUUUCUCUGCUAGCAAACCAGGACAUGAAGUGUAG